CUGUAAAAUCAAAAUGGCGGCAACAAAACACAAACAGGAAGUGGAAAGUAAUUCAAAAUAGUAAAUUAUUGUCUAAAAAUAUUUAAAUGUUUAAUUUAGCAACAUGGAAGCUGUUAUAGCAAAUUAUACAGCGACAGUUAAAAUACUGGAUGAUGACUUGGUCCAGGCUAAUGAAAACUUCAAAGGACGUAUGGAAAUUAUGAACAGUAAAAAAAAAAAGAGGGUGAAAAACGUCAUCAAGACAACACUAACGAUGAUGAAGACACCCAUCAAUCCUGAAGAAACAUGCCAUGAUACGACUGAUAAAACUUGGUGGCAACAAUUUAAAGAAUUAAAUUAUCCUGACAAUCAAUGCCUAAAAUUUAUGAGAUGUUCACGUAAAACAUAUAAAUAUUUAAUUGAAGUACUCAGUCCCCACCUUGUACCGAGAAAUCGAGUAUCAAGCGACCAAAGAAAUCCAUUCCAAGGAGUUUCAGUUGACAAACAAGUCGCCUUAGUCUUAUCAAAAUUAACAAACCGGGAUGAUUUAGUAACUCUGUCAUCAAAAUUUGCCGUUCCUAAAACAACAGCACAGAGAAUAGUCCACAAAGUUGUUGUUAAAAUAUGCCAGCAUUUAUUGCCCUUGGUCAUAAAAAUGCCGGACGCCUCAGAAGCCGCUGAAAUAGCAGAGUCAUUUGAAAAGCAAACAAAAUUUCCCCAGAUAAUUGGCCUACUGGACACACUCCACGUCCCAGUUUACAAUGCAUCCGGAAUGGCAAAUGCUUUUGUAAAUUCAAAGCUUUAUUAUUCAUUCAUCGCACAAAUGAUUAUCGACUCGAAAAAUUGUUUCAGAGAUGUUAGUAUCAGACAUCCAGGUGCCACAACCGAUAUUAAAGUCUUAACAGAUUCAAAUAUCUACAGAUUACACAAAAAAGUUAUUCCACCGGAAACACAAAAUAUAAAUGGAUUCAAAAUUCCUUACUGUGUAAUAGGACCAUGUUCUUACCCACUAUUACCAUGGAUAUUAACAGAAUACACGGAGGCAUCAACAGACAGUGAAUUACUAUUCAAUGCCCAGAUCGACACUGCAAGACAGUUGGGUAAAACGGCUAUAAAACGCAUGAGAGCAAGAUUCGAUAUAAUAAAUCACCCGAUAGACAUAAGUAUUAAAGUACUCCCGCAAUUGAUCGGAAGCUGCUUCGCCCUCCACAACAUUUGCGAGCGACUCGGCGAUUUUAUGUCAGAGGAUUGGCUGAAAGCCGCAACGUGCGCCGCAAAUAAUUUUGACCAGCCGGAAAAAGUGCCUUUUGAUGAUAAAAACAUCGAUGAAGUUGCCGGUGAACAACGUGACUGUAUAAAAAAUUAUUUUUCAUCAUUUAAUCUUCUCGAGGAGUCGACAUUCGGCUUCAUGGAUUAUCAAAACAUUGACAUGUUGACUGAAGAAGUUGUAUAAU